AUGGGGGCAUUUGAAGAGGACGUGGGGAUGCUGCUUUCCUUCGAUACCCGGGAGCUGGGGGAAUUGAAGGAGGUGGGAAAGAAGGCCAUGUUGGUUGGGAUGAUUGAACUGAUCACUGAUUGGGAGAGGUUUUCUCUUCCCAACUGUAUAUAUUUGGGCCAAAAGGUGGACUCUGUUAACUCCAUCCCUCUAUUCUCUGUCUCUCUCCUCCUACCUCUAGAGGUGGACUCUGUUAACUCCAUCCCUCUAUUCUCUGUCUCUCUCCUCCUACCUCUAGAGGUGGACUCUGUUAACUCCAUCCCUCUAUUCUCUGUCUCUCUCCUCCUACCUCUAGAGGUGGACUCUGUUAACUCCAUCCCUCUAUUCUCUGUCUCUCUCCUCCUACCUCUAGAGGUGGACUCUCUGCGUAUCCUGCUCUAUUCAGUCAUCUUCCUCCUCAGUGUGUUGGGCAACCUGCUCAUUAUCGUGGUCCUGGCAGUCAACAAGCGCAUGAGGACUGUCACCAACUCCUUCCUGCUGUCCCUGGCAGUCAGCGACCUGAUGAUGGCCAUCUUCUGCAUGCCCUUCACCCUCAUCCCCAACCUCCUGGAGGACUUCAUCUUUGGAGCCGCCAUGUGCAAGAUAGUGGCCUACCUCAUGGGUGUAUCCGUGAGCAUCUCCACCUUCAGCCUGGUUGCCAUAGCGAUCGAGCGCUACAGCGCCAUCUGCAACCCGCUGAAAUCGCGGGCGUGGCAGACCCGUUCCCAUGCCUACCGGGUGAUCGCCGCCACCUGGCUCCUGUCCUUCAUGAUCAUGACCCCCUACCCCGUGUUCAGCCACCUGAAGCACGUUCCCCUAAAGGACAACAUCACCAUCGCACGCAUGUGUCGCCACAUCUGGCCCUAUCCGGAGGUGGAGCAGGCCUGGAACAUGAUGUUGCUGCUUACGCUCUUUGUUGUUCCGGGGGUGGUGAUGAUUGUGGCCUAUGGACUCAUCUCCAGAGAGCUGUACCAGGGAAUCCAGUUUGAGAUGGUUCAGAAGACAUCAUCCCCCGGUCUAAAGAACGGCCUGACCACCACCGGGGCUUGUGGCAGCGACGACAGUGAUGGAUGCUACGUCCAGCUCGCCAAGCGACCGCGCUCCAUGGAGAUGUCCACUGUGACAUCAUCGACGGCAACCGCGUCCAAAUUGGAGCGUCUCCGCAGCAACACCUCGGAGGCCAAGCUCUUGGCCAAGAAGCGCGUGAUCCGAAUGCUGGUGGUGAUUGUUGCUCUGUUCUUCCUGUGCUGGUUGCCCCUCUACUGUGCCAACACCUGGAAGGCUUUCCACCCCGUCUCUGCCCGCCGUGCCCUCUCUGGUGCCCCCAUCUCCUUCAUCCACCUCCUGUCCUACACCUCGGCCUGUGUCAACCCCAUCACCUACUGCUUCAUGAACACACGCUUCCGUACUGCGCUGCUCGCCACCUUCGCCUGCUGCUGCCGCCCGCCCUGCCGACACAGGCGCCACGGGCUGCGGGAUGGAGAGGAGGACGCCAUGGCUAUCGGAGUGUCCAUGUCCAAAUUUAGUUACACCACGGUCAGCACUAUGGGGACGUGCUGAGGGAGGAACC